UGUGGUGGCUCAUUACAUUAUCUGGCAGCCGGAGUGGCAGCGGACAGAAGAGAGGGGAUCCCCGGGAUUUUUACACCGAAGCCAGCGAGAUACUUACAUCUAACGACUGAACAUCGCGGGGGGACUCCACCAAGCUCCUCCUGAACCCUGGUGAGAGCAGCCAUGUCAGAGGAGGCAGUGCGUCAAACGCGCAGCCAGAAGCGGGCUCUGGAGAGGGAUCACACAACCAUUCCUGGUACCCUCGGGGAUACAGACAGUAAAAGGGUUAAACUGGAGAAGAGUGAUGUAGCUGGGAGCCCACUGGCCCUGGUGGCACAUGGAGGCGAUGGCAUCAAGCUGAAGAGUGAGCAGGCUGCUAAGGUCGCAGCCAGUAUCCUCAAGACAGGGGAAGUCAAGGCCACCAUCAAGGUUGAGGUGCAGACUGGAGAUGAGCCUGUUGACAUGAGCACAUCCAAAAGUGACAUCAAGAAAGAGCGGCAGCCUCCGUCACCAGAUGAUGUGAUCGUGUUAUCAGACAAUGAGCCAUCCAGUCCUCUCAUGAAUGGCCACUGCUUCACAAAGACUGACACCGAUAAACUUAUGAAGAGUUCACCUGAGGAACGAGAGCGCGUCAUCAAACAGCUGAAGGAAGAGCUGAGACUGCAGGAGGCUAAACUGGUGCUGCUUAAAAAGCUACGACAGAGUCAGAUCCAGAAGGAGAGCAGUGUGCAGAAGGCGACUGGCUCUGUGGCUACUCCUCCUCCUCUGGUGAGAGGUAGCAUGACAUCAAGUAAAGGACCCCUUCAGGGGACUGGUCGCAGCUCAGGCACAGUGAUCCCCCCUCCCUUGGUGCGGGGCGGACAACACAUCCCAUCCAAACACAACUCUCAGACUGUCAUGCCUCCCUUGGUCAGAGGAGCCCAGCCUAUUGCUGUGACUCCCCAGCAGAUAGCCAGUCUACGUCAGCAGCAGCAGCAGCAUAGUGGUUCAGGGCCCCCUCCACUCCUUCUGGCUCCCCGGGCCUCUGUGCCCAAUGUCCAGGUCCAGGGCCAGAGGAUCAUUCAGCAGGGACUCAUUCGGGUGGCUAACGUGGCAAACAGUAACGUCAUGGUCAACAUCCCUCAGGCUUCUCCAACUGGCCUGAAAGGCUCUUCAGUGUCACCCAACUCCAGCAUCAAUGACUCCCCGGCCAGCCGACAGGCGGCUGCUAAACUUGCACUGCGCAAACAGCUGGAGAAGACGCUUCUGGAGAUCCCUCCACCCAAACCUCCUGCUCCUGAGUUCAACUUCCUUCCCUCUGCAGCAAACAAUGAGUUCAUUUACUUGUUGGGUUUGGAAGAAGUGGUGCAGAAACUCCUGGAGAUGCAUGGCAGAGGUAAUCUUGGCCCAGCUGCUGCGAUGGCCAACAUUACUCCCAAAGAGCCAUACACCUGUGCCCAGUGCAAGACGGACUUCACCUCCCGCUGGAGAAAGGAGAAGGUCGGGACCAUCCUGUGUGACCAGUGCAUGUCGUCCAAUCAGAAAAAGGCCCUGAAGGCUGAACACACCAGUCGGCUGAAGGCAGCCUUUGUCAAGGCACUCCAACAGGAGCAGGAGAUUGAGCAGCGUAUUCUUCAGCAGGCUGCCUCCUCUGUCUCUAAAAGCUCCUCGUCCUCUCCCUCACUGUCCAAAAGUGACAUACUGGUGUCCCAUCAGUACAAGCAGGUCAGGGCUGCCAUGCAGCACAGAUCUGUGGGCCAUCACUCCAUUAAGCAGAGUCAGCUGUCACACAGCCUCCAGUCUGUAGGGGCUCACAGCAUGGCCCACUCCUUCACCUCCUCCCAGCUGCAGAACGCAGUCACAGCAGCGGCAUUGGGUGGUAGGCCAGAUAAGCAUGUGGCAGCACGGACGUUGCACCAGGGGGCAAAGGUCAGUGCCAGCGGCAGCAGUAACCAGAGCAACGUGGCAGCCUGGAGGAAGCAGAGUGGUGGCAACGCAGGCGUCACCAUGGCCUAUGUGAACCCCAGCUUGUCUGCUCAUAAGAGCAGCUCUGCUGUGGAGCGUCAGCGAGAAUACCUGCUGGACAUGAUACCCUCUCGUUCCAUCUCCCAAGCAGCAAACACAUGGAAAUAAUACAAUCUCACUCCCUACUGACACCAUUACUAUUAUCCUCCUAAUAUCAAUAACAGCCAUGCUCAUUAUUGUUCUAAUCCUUUCUAUGGACUCAUGUUGAAAUGGAAAAGAGGAGAUUCAAACCUCUUCUCUUGUUGGAUGAACAUGUUCUUACAUCUCUUUCCCAUCUUCUACUACUACCUUCUUUCUUAUCUGGAUCUUUCCCAAACCGCAGCUGUGCUGACACAGCUUUCGGGAUGCAAGAAUUGAAUUUUGGGUAACUUUUGGGAGGGAAGGGGUCGACACAGGUGUGUACAAUUUUGCAAACAUUUCCAGUGAUGUCGCCUCUUCCUUCCGGUAUACUGAUAGGAGUAUCCCAGUUGCAACAGGAUGAAGCUGCGACAAAGUCCCUUAGCUCUUCCCUGCCUCUGGAUAAGGAGAGGCAAAGUAAUAAUCAUUAUUAUAUAUGAUAAGAUGUUCGCCUUAUGUCCUGACCCUCUCCAGUCUGAUUCAUGGGCCGAAUUUAACCGAAGACCUUGUGACAGGGAUUGUUGUCAAGCUUUGAGGACCAUCCACAAAUUAACUGCUUCAGCUUUGCAAAAAUUAUUAAAAUGGAAAAAAAAGAACUGUUAAAAAAGGAAAAGUUAAAAAAAAAAAAAGAAAAGAAAAAAAGAUCUCUAUCUGCACACAGACUGCCUCUUCUCUCUAACCCACAGUGUGUUCAGUAGAGAAGUUGAUGUGUGUUGGAUUAUUUUGUAUGGCUGAAUGUUAGGAUUUUUGUUUUUUCUUCUGUAAGUCAUAUACUGUGUUUGGAAUAUUGUGCUCCCUGAUACUUUGGAAGUGGCCUCUUAUGAAGGUCUGAAUUUACAGGCUAAUGUUACUGUUGAGGUGGUUUUACAUCUGCUGGGUUCCAUGUUGUGGCCUAAUAUUAAAUCCUUUUUUUUCUAAGAUAAACUAGAAACUAUUCUUAUUGAAUAUUGUAAAAUAAGCCUUCCAAAGAAAUAGUGGAGCCCAAAUGGAAUCCCUUCUGCUAGAAGGUUUCUAGUUUAUUUGAACCCUCUCUGGAUAUAAACAUGUAUUCAUGCUAAACCGAGGGGGUGUAAGGAAUGUCAUAUUUUUGACAUUGUUUUGCUUUUAGUCAUAGGUUGUGGUGCAUUAUUAUUUUUCUUCUAUAGGCAAACUGUCUAAAUUUAUUUAUAGGGUCAUGUUAGUAAGGACAUAUUCUUAUGCCCUAAGUUUGAAUGGAUCUCCACUUUACAAUUGUUUUCUCUUGUGUGUCAAGUGGCUCCCACGCACCCCACGAUUGGUCCUGAGAGAAGAAGCUGGACAGCUUUCAGAAUGUAGUUAUGCAAAAACCCCUAUAGCAACAAAAAAAAAAAACUGAACUUCUUAGUCUUUAACAUUAAGGUGUGUAUGAUUACUGUCAGGUCAUUGAAUUGAACUAACUCUGCCUUUCACAAGAGCUAUAGUGCAUUUUGAUCAGGUCGCAGCAGCACAGGAUAAGCUAGUAAAGUAUGUUCCCACCUCCAGCUGGGCAAGUCCAGUUUGUUCAUCGACUUCAGUUAUUUAACAACCAGCUCUUUCAUUUCAGUCAUUGAGGUUUUACUGUUAUGCCAGCUUGUCCACUCAUUUAUGUAUCUUGUAGAAAAUGUUGAAUUCAAAACAAAAACAAAUUCAUGAUGGAUGCCACUGACAAGAAAUUGACCAACCCAGCAGUUUGAUUUUUGAAGUAUUGUUUCUGUCUCUUGAAGUUCUUGAUAUUCAUUGAGAAUAUAUUGUUCAUUAUUUGUCAUUACUGAUUAUAGAGUUGGCUUCUUUGUUCUUGAUUACCUCACUCCAGAUUUUAUCAAAACAUCCAC